GCCCUACCAAUAUUUAUACAUAUCGAUACAUGCUGUUCAACCAUGACACCUAAAUUUGAGCUUCGUGUGCUGGAAAGGGAAUCUGCAACUCUGGACACUAUCAUUCCUAUCCUAAAACACAAUGGUGGUGUCGUCAUCCGCAACUUCAUGUCUCCCGAAAUACUCGGUGCGGUCAUAGAAGAGGUCAAACCUCAUUUUGGUGAUCAUCUCGGUGAGAGGGGUGAGAUCUUUGCCAAACAGUCACAGGUGGUUUCCGGCCUCGCAGCCAAAUCUCCAUCAUUCGUAGAGAACAUCAUCUGCGAUCCUCUCUACGGUUCCAUUUGUGACUAUCUUCUCACAUCUCGAUUUACCAGCUGGUACGGGAGUGAACAGGUUACAUUCGAUGCCCAGCCACAGCUUAAUGCCGCUGUUUCAAUCCGUAACCAACCAGGGGGCGAGGCACAAAAGCUCCAUCGAGAUGACAUGGGCCAUCACAAUCAUUUGCCUAGGAUUGCACCCGAGGAAUAUGCUAUUGGCCGAGACACGGGGGUGGGCAUUUUCGUCGCUGCCACUCACACCAGCAAGGAAAAUGGAGCAACUCGUUUCAUCCCCGGCUCGCACCUGUGGGGGCCUGAGAAUGCGCCUGAUGAGAGUUUGACUGUUCCCGUGGAGCUGAAUCCAGGCGAUGUUUUUUUCAUGCUCGCGUCAUGUUACCACGGAGGGUCCGCCAAUACCACCAUGUCAGAGCAAAGGAUGAUAUUCUCUGCCUUUAUGACGAAAGGCUUUUUGCGACAGGAGGAAAAUCAGUACUUGACAGUACCGAAAGAGAAGCUCCAGGGACUUUCAGUCGAAGCUUGUCGCAGACUAGGAUUUGCACCAUCUGAGCCAUUCCUGGGAUGGGUGGACUUGAACGACCCUCGGACGGCUUUGGGCCUUCCGACUGAACUCAAGGCUGGCGAGACUAAGUGAUUAUUGUAUCUUAAAGACUACGCCAUUGAAUUGCUAUCCAUUUCUUUUGUUCAAUUUCCA